GGGACUUUUAGUUUUAUCAACAUUUGCCACGCCCCUUUCAAUCAGCUGGUCCUUUUCUCACAUCACCUUACUCGCCCUUCGUCGUCUGCAAUCAGAAGAGGAAGGUCUGAGAACGAUUUGGGUCUUCCAGCUACACCAUGCUGCAAUCCUUGUUAGAAACAGCAAAAAGCAAUCCCUUCUGCAACCCUGUGAAUGUAGCCCACUGUGAGGCAAGCACCCAAAACCUGGUCCCUGGCCGCACGAUAUCGGCAGCAGCAGUUGCCAUCAAUCCAGAAGAAAGCUGUGCGUUUGGAUCCAACAAGUAUUUUGCCCUCUGUGGACUUGGAGGUAUCUUGUCAUGUGGAAUCACCCAUACUAUGGUGGUACCGUUGGAUUUGGUCAAGUGUAGGAUACAAGUUGACCCUGCCAAGUACAAAUCUGUAUUCCAUGGAUUCAAGGUAACACUUAAAGAAGAUGGAAUGAAAGGCUUAGCCAAAGGAUGGGCUCCAACCUUCUUUGGAUAUUCAUUACAGGGGCUGUGCAAGUUUGGGCUGUAUGAAGUGUUCAAAGUAUACUACUCUAACAUUUUGGGAGAAGAGAAUUCCUACAUAUACAGGACAUGGCUGUAUCUAGCUGCUUCAGCUUCUGCUGAAUUCUUUGCUGACAUCGCUCUUAGUCCAAUGGAAUCUGCCAAGGUACGGAUCCAAACACAACCUGGUUUUGUAAGCACACUGCGUGAAGCUUUGCCCAUCAUCUAUAAUGCUGAAGGCAUGAAUGGCUUCUACAAGAGCUUGGUUCCUCUUUGGAUGAGACAGAUCCCCUACACUAUGAUGAAAUUUGCCUGCUUUGAGAAGACUAUUGAACUAUUGUACAAGUAUGUGGUACCCAAGCCUAGAUCAGAGUGCACCAAGGGAGAGCAGUUGGUGGUCACGUUUGCUGCUGGUUAUAUUGCCGGUGUCUUCUGUGCCAUUGUCUCUCACCCUGCCGACACUGUAGUCUCCAAACUUAACCAAGACAAGGGUGCGACAGCAGUGGAUGUUGCCAAGAAACUUGGAUUUGCUGGAAUGUGGAAGGGUCUGUUGCCCAGGAUUGUGAUGAUUGGUACACUGACAGCAGCUCAGUGGUUCAUAUAUGACGCAGUAAAGGUGUGGCUGCGUCUGCCCCGUCCCCCACCUCCUGAGAUGCCCGAGUCACUCAAGAAGAAACUUGCCGCCAAGGGCGAGUUAUAGAUUGGUUACCGUCAUUGGGGGGUCAACACUUUUAGUAGCUUUUCAUAGCUGUUACUGUUAAAAAAUUUUCAGUUCUGCUUUCAUUUAUACACUGCUUUUUUCAAGAAAUGUAUUCAUUUUUUGUUGAUAAUGUUACCAUUGAUAUUAAAUGAUUUGAGGUGUUAAAUAAAAACAUAAUCAAUUCUAAAUCACUUAAAUUAAGUAGUGUAUUCAAUUAUAUAAUUGUUGUCCAGUAUGGAAAUAACAAGGCAGUAUAGGUUUUUUACUGCUUAUGAAUAACUUAAACUAUGUUAGUUUUAAUAUUCAAUUACUAAUUGACUCAUAGGUAACUUAAACAUGCUAUCUAAAAGACAUCCUUAAUAUAUACAAUAAAAUAAUUUAUAUGAAAAAUAAAUGAAUAUGAUAAUACAAUAUAAAAAUGUAAAUCAGAUUUAUAUCCUAAACAGUUACAUGUAAUUAAAUUUGUAUAAAUACAGGUUUAAAAGAAACAA